UCUUGUGCUGCUGGUUCUCCUUUUUUGUUAUUUGUAUUACUUGGACUCUCUCCAGCUUGCACCAAUUCUUAAACGCUUCAUUAUCAUCUUCAUGGAUCCCCCUGAUGUCUUCACUUACACUAGAGACGAUGAGGAAAGGAUCUUGCAGGGUCUGGUAAGUGAGCCGUUAUUUUUAUCCACUCCGACCCUGAUUGAUCUGAAAAAAUGCUAUGAGGCUGAUGCCAAGAAAAUUGCCUCAACUGAUCUGCACCUAAUGACUCUGGGACAAUAUUUCAAAGAGCAUAGAAUCCCUAGAGGGAUCCGCUCGCAACUCAAACCCAAUUUAUUUCCGGCGGAAUCAGCCUUUGCUCAAAAAUUUAUCCAGAUAUCUAAUAAAUAUGCCUUCGAUAUAAUUUUGCUCAAUCUUGAAUACUUACAGCAGGAACUGUCGGUAAGCAAGACACGACAAUCUGAAACUAUGUCAGCUCUUAAAACCAUGAUGGGACCUGAGGAUUGGAAAACCUAUGACGACAGUUGUAUGGAACAUCUAGCUAAAUUCAUUAAAGAACAAGAAUCUACUAAAAGAAAAAAGUGGCAGCGUGAUGCGGAUGACUAUAUAAAGGGGAAAGUCUAUACAUGGCAGAGUGAUGGGCCUAAGAAACAAAUGUCUGCAUAUCGUCCUUUCAAUCGGAAAUCACAACCACCUGGACAUUCCGGGGCAACAUCCUCUUAUGAUCCUUCAUCCACUCAGCCUUUUUUAGAGAUGGGCCCUUUGCCGUCAAAAGAACCAGACGGGGUGGCACCAGGCAUCAUCGAUGGCGGAAAUCAAAAAUCGCCCAAACUGGUGAAACCCAUGGCUCGGCGCAUGAAAGCGAAUUAAGUCCUACGACUAGUGCAUCUGAUUAUGUGUUAACUGUGAUUACUUCUAUCAAUG